UGAAUAAAAUAAUGGGUCGACAAGGUUCAAUUUAGUAUAACAACACGCUGCACUUCGUCAGAUUCGUCCUAACGACUUAUCGUUAAAGAGCCCUCAAUUCAAUCAUAAUGACCUCACAAAGGGGAGGGAGAAUUCCCGGUAUCUGUAAUUGAAGAUUGUGGCCAGUUAGUCCCUAUUCAUUGUCGAGACGCCGAAAUAUACUGCGUUGGUUCCUGCGGUGGUUCGAAGGCAUCAGGAUUAUAAUAAUUAUUUAAGUUUGAAGGCUGUUACUAAUAAUGCAGAACCUAUUAAUUCUGGCAAUUGUCGGUGGGAUGGUAAUGAGUUUGCCUGUAACUCGAGCAGCUCCUCAGAUGACUGAUGCACAAUUGGAGCGCACUUUAGGCGACAGAAUUACAAUGCAGAGACAUCUCAAAUGCGCACUCGGGGAGGGACCUUGCGACCCAGUCGGUAGAAGAUUAAGAACGCUCGCACCGCUGGUGCUUCGUGGAUCGUGUCCCCAAUGUUCCGUGCAAGAGACUCUACAAAUCCGUCGAACACUCGCCUUCGUACAAAGAAACUACCCAUGGGAGUGGUCUAGAAUUCUUACACAAGUAGUCGUGUUUUGUGCGGUACUGUACGCAUGUGCUGCCCAGAGUGACAGACCGCAAGUGGCCGACACCGUUCUAGAUGAUGCCCUCAAUGACAAGAGAUUCAUACAGAGGCAACUCAAGUGUGCACUAGGCGAGGGCCCCUGUGAUCCCAUUGGAAAAAGACUGAAAACAUUGGCCCCGCUGGUCCUGCGGGGCGCCUGUCCGCAAUGUACACCGCAAGAAACCAAACAGAUUCAACGAACGCUCUCGUACGUGCAAAGGAACUAUCCGCAACAGUGGGCCAAGAUCGUCCGUCAAUAUGCCGGAUAACGACAGCUAUAGAUAGUAAAUAGAUUUGUCUAUUGUAUUAGUUUAACUUAUAAGUUAGGUAAUUAUAUUCUGAUAAUUUAAUAAUUAUAACCAAGGCAGGUAAACAAAUGCAGAGACUGUUUGAUGGUGAAUGGUUUCCACAUUUCUUCCCCAAAACUUCUAGUUGGAAUAUCUUAGGAGGAAUGCUCAAAUUGCAAAAAAUACUCUUGCAUACAUAAUGGGAUAUAAUAUAAUUUUAUCUAUUUAC